GGGCUGUAGUUAUUCUAUUAAAAGUUGCAACAAUGAGCAAAGACGAUAAAACAAUUGCUAAAAUUGAAAAAAAGGUUGAAGAUAUUUCCCAUAAUAGUCGAAAACGUACUCAUUCAAACACUUCUGAUGUUGUAGAAGCCAAAAAACGAAGUAUUGUUGAAUCUAAUGCAAACACAAUGAAUUAUAAAUUUGAUUUGAAUAAAUCAAAUCCAUUCAAUGGAAGACCUUAUUCUCAACGAUUUUUUGAAUUUUUGAGAAAAAGGAUGGCUUUGCCAGUUUGGGACUAUAGAGAAAAGUUUCUUGAACUUCUCAACAAAAAUCAGUGUUUGGUGCUUGUUGGGGAAACUGGAAGUGGAAAAACAACACAAAUCCCUCAAUGGUGUUUAGAUUAUGCAAGAGAGAAGGGGGUUAUGAUGGGCAAAAAAUAUAUGGUUGCCUGUACACAACCGAGACGUGUGGCGGCAAUGAGUGUUGCUAACCGUGUCGCUGAUGAAUUAGAUGUUCAGCUUGGUCAAGAAGUUGGAUAUUCUAUCCGUUUUGAAGAUUGUGUUAGUGACCGAACAAUUCUCAAAUAUUGUACAGAUGGUAUGCUUUUGAGAGAGGCGAUGAAUAAUCCUUUGCUUGAACAAUAUGAAGUAAUUCUGCUUGAUGAGGCUCACGAAAGGACGCUUGCCACGGACAUUCUUAUGGGUUUAAUUAAGGAAAUUACAAAGCAACGUAAAGAUUUAAAAAUUGUUGUUAUGAGUGCUACUUUGGAUGCUGGAAAAUUUCAAAAUUAUUUUGACAAUUGUCCUCUUCUUUCUGUUCCUGGAAGAACUUUUCCUGUUGAAAUAUUUUAUACUCCUGAACCAGAAAGGGAUUAUUUAGAAGCAGCUGUACGAACUGUAAUUCAAAUUCAUAUUUGUGAAGAAGUUCAGGGAGAUAUUUUACUUUUUCUUACUGGACAGGAGGAAAUUGAAGAUGCUUGUAAACGAAUUAGAAAAGAAGUCCAAAAUCUUGGUCCUGAAGCUGGUGAUUUAGUUUGUAUCCCUUUAUAUUCAACACUUCCUCCAAAUAUGCAACAACGAAUUUUCGAUCCUCCACCUCCGAAUAGACCAUCUGGAGGAAUAAGUCGUAAAUGUGUUGUAUCCACCAACAUUGCUGAAACUUCUUUAACUAUUGAUGGUGUUGUUUUUGUAAUUGAUCCUGGUUUUUCUAAACAAAAAGUUUAUAAUCCAAGAAUUCGUGUUGAGAGCCUCCUAGUUUGUCCCAUUUCUAAAGCUUCAGCAAUGCAAAGGGCUGGAAGAGCUGGAAGAACAAAACCAGGAAAAUGUUUUCGAUUAUAUACAGAAAAAGCUUAUAAAACUGAUAUGCAAGAACAAACUUAUCCGGAGCUUGGUUCAUUAAUGGCUGAAUUCCCUUUGGAUCCUCAAAUGGCAAAAAUGCUUAUAGCUUCUACCGAUUUAAAUUGUUCUAAUGAAAUUUUGAGUAUUACAGCUAUGCUUUCUGUUCCCCAAUGUUUUGUUCGUCCAAAUGAAAUUAAAAAACAAGCAGAUGAGGCUAAAGCAAGAUUUGCACAUAUUGAUGGAGAUCAUUUAACACUUCUUAAUGUUUAUCACGCAUUUAAACAAAAUCGAGAUGAUCCCCAAUGGUGUUAUCAAAACUUUAUUAAUUAUCGUUCAUUAAAAAAUGCUGAUGAUGUGAGAACUCAACUUGCGAGAAUUAUGGAUAAAUUUAAUUUAAAGCGUGUUUCUGCUGAUUUUAAUUCAAGAGAUUAUUACAUAAAUAUAAGAAAGGCUCUUGUUGCUGGAUUCUUUAUGCAGGUUGCCCAUUUGGAGAGAAGUGGACAUUAUGUAACAAUAAAGGAUAAUCAAAUAGUUAAUUUACAUCCAUCUUCGGUUCUUGAUCAUAAGCCAGAAUGGGCUUUAUAUAAUGAAUUUGUACUUACAACCAAAAAUUAUAUUCGAACUGUCACAGAUGUUCGUCCAGAAUGGCUGAUUCAAAUUGCCCCUCAAUAUUAUGAUGUUAAUUCAUUCCCAGAAGGAAGUGAUGCUAGAAGAAAAUUAAAUGCGAUAAUAGCUGCUUCUAGACAGUAA